AUGGCAACAGCAGGUAUGAGCAAGAGCCAAAGUGGAGAUGACAACUCCGGAGCUCGAUUGUUUGCUCGUUUCGUCGCCGGUGGUGGAGCUGGAAUCACUGCUGCUGCGACAACGUACCCUUUGGAUCUCGUUCGAACGAGACUAGCAGCACAGACAACCUCAAAGCAGCACACGGGCAUCUACCUUUACAAGGGGCUCUGGCCGACGCUUUUAGCCCGAGUCGUCCAGGAUGGUGACGAGCUUGAUCUCCGGUGGAGUAGCAGGAAGUGCUGCCUCAACAGGAUGCAACUCGAGGGCGAUCGGAGAUGGACACCAGGGAUUGUGAGCGCGCUGAGGCACAUUGUUCGCACCCAAGGCUACGCUGGGUUGUACAGGGGGAUUUUGACCGAGUACCUCCCGGCCGUGGGGAUUGCCUUCAUGGUGUAUGAAGUGAUGAAGAACAUUAGCGAGGGAGAAGAGGUGAAUGUAAAUGGUCCCCGAACAGGUGUUGGUCAGUUCCAGAGCCGCGUCCCCGAUUUUAUUCCAACCGUCAGAUAUUCUUGA